AUGGGAAAGAAGCGCGUUUUAGUCGGCUAUGGAGUCGACAUCGACGCAGUCGCAGGCUGGCUAGGCUCGUACGGCGGAGAAGACAGCGUGAGCGACAUCAGCCGCGGACUGUGGGCCGGACACAUCGGCACCACUCGGUUACUCAAAUUAUUCGAGAAAUAUAACAUCAAGGCAUCCUGGUUCAUCCCAGGCCACUCGCUGGAGACAUUUCCCGAGGAAUGCGCCCAGAUCCGGGAUGCAGGCCACGAAAUCGGCCUGCAUGGAUACUCGCACGAGAACCCGACCAGCUUGACAAAGGAGCAGCAGCGCGAUAUCCUCGACAAGACCUACAAAAUGGUCCAUGAGUUCUGUGGAAAACCGCCGCGCGGGAUCGUUGCACCGUGGUGGGAGGUCAGUGCGGAGAUGGUCAACCUGCUGCUCGACUAUGGCAUCGAAUAUGAUCACUCCAUGUCCCAUGAGGACUGUCAGAUGUACUGGCUGCGGACGGGGGACUCGUGGACUAAAAUUGAUUACAGCCAGAAGGCCGAGACGUGGAUGAAACCGCUGGUCAGAGGCGUCACAACUGGGCUGGUCGAGAUUCCGGGGAGUUGGUAUAUUGACGAUCUGCCGCCGAUGAUGUUUAUCAAAAAUUCUGCGAAUAGUCAUGGAUGGGUUAACCCACGCGAUAUCGAAGAUAUCUGGAAGGACCACUUUGAUUACUUCUACCGAGAGUACGAUGAAUUUGUUUUUCCUAUGACGAUUCACCCGGAUGUAUCUGGUCGGCCCCAUGUGUUACUUAUGCACGAAAGAAUUAUCGAGCACAUUAAUAAACAUGAAGGGGUGGAGUGGGUGACAUUUGAACAGAUGUGUGAUGAGUUUAAGAGCAAACACCAGCCUCCUCCAGGAGCAAUAUUACCGGCUGCCAGUAGGAGCAUUCAGGAAAAGCAGUAG